AUGCUCAACUGCCAGUUUGGAAAGGUUCCUUUAGACCAAAGGCUUUCCAUAGACGAGCAGAUGUGUGAACCAAAUGAGCCAUUACAUAAAACAAUACAUGCUAUAAACCCCACAAGUGGGGGGUUCAAAUUAUAUCUCAUCUGCAGUCUACAAGGAUAUGCUCAUAGAUUUGAGGUUUACAGUGGAGGGGGCUCCAAAAAUAACAUCUUACCUGGUGAGCCAGAUUUGGGAGAGUCUGGAAAUACAGUCGUCAGGUUAGCUAGAAUGGUACCACGCAAUGUGAAUCACAUUAUAUACUUCGACAACUUCUAUACUUCUGUGCCUCUCGUCAUCUAUUUAGCUAAGGAAGGAAUUUUCUCACUGGGAACAGUAAGAGUAAACCGAUUGAGAAACUGCAAAUUGCCUGACAAAACACUAUAA